AUGGAGAAAACCCCUGAUGAGAUUUACAGUCUUUAUGAGAAUUUAAGUGAAAAUUCUAGAGAUCAAGCCUCUUUUGAAUUAUAUGAUAGGGAUAAGAAGAGAGGAAUUUAUGAAUUGCAUCAUGAUGAUGAUUCUAAAUUUAGAAAUGAGGUUAAUUAGAUUAAUCAAAGAUUAGAAAAACUUCAUUUACUUAUUGAAAAUAUGAGAAAGCCUCUUAACCCUCAAUUUAAUUCAAAUAGUACACAUCUUAUGUAUGGUGAAAAUGAUCAUUUCAAAUUUCAAUAUCAUCCUAGGCAAGAACAAGUGCAAGUACCCCACGAUUUUAGUAAAAAAUUGGGAAUAUUCUUCUAAUUCUUAUAAUCUUAAUUGGGGGAAUAAUUUUUCGUGGAGAAACCCAAAUAAUAUUCAAAAUCCAGAAGCACUUAGAUCCAAUUCAGACUCUGAAUUUCAUCUAAAACAAGAAAACGGAUUUCAAAAAAAUCAACCCUCUCAAACCCAACCUGAUACUAUAGAAAUGAUGCAGCAAAUGAGCCAAAUGAUGUAACAAACUAUGAGCCAAAUGAUGCAAAAAACUAUAAAUCAAAUGAUGUUGCAUCAAAAACAAAUUAUAGAAGCUUUUGAGAAUAGGAGAGAAGAGGGACAACUACCUAGUCAGCCCAUAGAAAAUCCAAGGAACCGCCCAACAAUAGGAUUUCAGCAAGGGGAGUCUAGUAGCAUGAAUCUAGGAAAAAACCCACGAAAUGAAAAUGUUAGGACAGUGAAUACAUUGAGUGAGAAUAUUUUAUUUGAUCCUUAUUUCUAACUAUUAGAAGAAAUCGAUGAUCCAUUAGAAGUAAAUGAGAAUAUUAAGGCCGAAAAUAUAGUAGCAGAAAAUUUGAAUAAAAUCAUUUAUUGCUCACAAUUGAUGAAUGAAUAUUGUGAGGAUGAUGAGGAGAAAGAGCCCUUAGAUAAAGAAACAGCAGCUGAUCAUGGAAAAAUCAUCCAAAUUUUAAUAGAAGGGAGUAAGGAUAGAAAUGAAGAAAAAAUAUAUUUCAGGUGAGAAAAAAUCAGUUGAUUUGGAAGAUGUAGGAGACGAAAUUAAUAAAUCUAAUCAUAAUUUUGCAGCCAUGGAUGUUGAUAGUGAGGAUGAUGAUGUAUAUCAUAUACCGAAAUUAAAAGAUAGCUCUUGGGAAGAUGAAGAGUUUGAUGAGUUGAGAAACGAAAAGCUAGAAAAAGAGUUGAUUCAACUAAUGGGGAGAAACGAAAAUAAUGAAUAUGAAUAUAGAGAUAAUUUUGGAGGAGAAAAUUUAAAUUUUACUGAAUUCAUUAGAUCUGAGAUUAAAGAAGACAAUCCUUCCAUCCUUCAAAACCCACAGCCCAUUAGAAUUAUUUCUAAGCUUGAAAUAUUUCACUCCUAUCAAAUUGAACAAAUAUGUAUGGAAGAUAAAAUGGAGCAGGGGAAGAUUAUGCAGAUAAAAGAGCACAUUAAGAAAUGGGUGAGUGGAAGAAUUAGAGAUAUCAAUUUAGAUGAAAAAAUUCUAGAUUGGGUAAGAGCUAAUUUAAAAAUUAUAUGACCUGAUCACAUUUUAUGAUCUAUUAAUAGAAAGUAUUUAUUAAUGAAUGAUAGCCUUACAAAACAAGAUAGAAAUGAGGAAAGAUUCUUUUCAAAAUAAAAAUAUUAAUUUUGGGAAAAUUUUGAUAAUUUCCAUUUUUUUUUUGCUGAAAGUAUGUCAAGGUAUAUAUAUGAAGUAUAUAAAUUUAUGCUAAAUCUGAAAAAGAAUAUCAUGAAACUUACCUUGGGAUACAAAUAUAUUUUGAUGGCCAUAGAUCAUCUUAUAUGAUCUAAGAGCUGUCCAGUUGAAGACAUUAAAUUCAGUGCUGCAUGGGAGGCAACCCAUGGUUUUUAUUUCAUUCUGUUUGAUUUUUUUUAAGCUCUGUUUUUCUUAGAAUUUCGCAAUACUUGUUUCUGUAUUUGUUUUUUCGAAAAAGUGCAGUAGGAGUAUAAGAUGAAGUGAAAAAUUAAAAACUUGGUUGAGGUGAUGUCUUUCUGAGUUUUAUCAUUUAUGAAAAUAUUUUUAAUGCUUAACUUUACACAUAUGCAUGCUUCACUUGAAAAUUAUAUUUUCUGCAUAUUCUAUUUCGAUUUUUCUGUGUCAUUAAGGACAAUGUCAUUUUUAAGUUGGGGGGUGAAGUGUUCAUUAUUAAUUUAUGUUGUAGUAAGAUUAAGAACAUGUGUUUGCAUUUUAUUCAACUUAGAACAGCAACUAAAAAAAUAAAAAUAAAAUAAAAUUCAGAAAAACUGCAACAUCUAUUUUUUGGUUUUCUAUUAGGAACAACAGACUGUCAAAAAUAGCAGACAAAAAAAUAGCCUGAAAUUUGAAAUUCUAGAGACUCUUUUCUCACAUUUCAAUCCCCUAGACAUAUAUUACUGAAAUUCGAAAUUACAACUAUAAAGAGGAUAGUUUUGAUUUAUCUUUGACAAAUUUAUUGCAGCUAAAAAUAGAACUGAAAACAGAAAAGAGAACUGUCAGAACUAUCUAAUUUACAAAUCUCUUACAUCAUAUUGCAUGCAUGAAAAAUUAAAUCAAUUAGAUUGAUUGAUACCAAAAGAUACUAGGAAGAUUAUUAUUGAGUCAAAAGAAUGAUCUAGUAGCAUGAAAUGUUGGAAUACUCCUUGGAUACAUGAUAGAUAACAUAGAUUUGAUUUUACAGAUUUUCACUUCAUGAUCUUGAUGGAUAGUAUUUACUUGAUGUGAAAAUUUGAUUGAUCAUUUGAGUUUAAUGGAGAUUUUUACACCCUGAUCUAUAGGACUUGUGAGAAGAAAUCACUUAUUUCAAAAAAAAAAAAAAAGAGAGAGCAAUGUGAAAAAUUUAGAAAUGAAGAGUACACAUAGAGGGUGUGAGACAUCAUUCUCAUUGUCGAAAAUCAUGCAUAGAAAAACACUUGCUGCAAAAUAAGUGGAUAAAGUGAAAGCCCUGAAAAUGAAGAGUACACAUGGAGGGUGUGAGACAUCAUUCUUAUUGUCGAAAUUUGUCUACAUGAAAAGCUACUUAUCCACUAUAUAUAAAAAAAAAGUAAAAAAGAAGGAAGAAAUAUAGUGCAAACUUCAAAAAUCAAGCCAUAGAAAAAAGGAAAUGUAGGAUCAAUAUUAUUCUUGGAUGAGUAUUGAUAAUUCGAACAUCUUGUAAAUACAUCUAUGAGUGAAGAAGUGAUAAAGAUGUAAAUAGAAGAAGUGACGUCUAGAUUGUUAUUCCAAGGAGUGUUUAAACAUUUAAGUGCCUGACAUCAUUCUUAAAUACUUGAUAUAAGAAUCCAAAGUGUCUAAAGGUGCAUCAUUUCUAAUCGUAUUUUUUUUCUGUAUUGAAAUAUGAUGUUUGAGAUUUGUAAAUUUUUAUUUUCGUAAUUCCAUUGCUAAGGAACUAGCAAUGAUUUAAGUUGGGGGCUAUGAUAAGUCUUCAUUAUCAUGAGUUAAUAAGUAGUAAAUAAUGUAAUUUUAGCUUUAACUCAUGAUAAAUAGACUUAUAUUUGUGUUAAAGUGUGGGAAAUGGUUUUCAGUUGAUUAUUGUAAAUUUUUGGGUAAUUAUGUGAUUUUACACGAAUUUAUAUGAUUUUUAUAGUCUUGCUUUUGAGAUAAAUGAAGAAAAAGAAAUAGAAAAUAAAAAUAAGACAAAAUGAGGGGGACCCGCUGGCUAGCUGGGCCCACAAGUGGGUCGGAAGCUCAGUCAGGGAGUAGCCGCGAGCAGGGGCUCGAGCAGCUUGGACCAAUAGGGGCACAUGUGCACCACUCCCCUUCCACAUCACCAGUGGCCAACCGGUUGUGGGGCAAAGAGUGGUCGUACACGCGAGGGAAGGGACUUGCUAACAAAUGUAACAUUAGUAUAUAUUCGCCCAAAAAAUCGGUGCACAAUUGAUGUGGGACUAAACCUACAUCACCUUCCCUAGAAAAGGCGGGCAACCGGCGCGGAUUCGAAUCCUCCCAAAGUCAAAAGUCAUAUAUUUUUAUCUGAUUAUCACGACUUUCCUGCAAAUUGCCAGUGAAGGAUUAAGCAACGAGAAUCGCUGGAUCACUGGUGAAAAUCUCGUCAACACGAUUCGUGGAGCAUUGCUACUAAAAUUGUUGAACGAUUCGCGAUAAAAGGAUCGCGAAUCCAUCGAGUAAAUCAUCUCUGAUUGAUCGAUGAAGAAGCCAUCGUCGAGAAGAGGACGAUCCACCGGGAGACGAGUCGUCACCUCUUGAGAGCAUACUGGAUGCAAUGAAGAGCCUCCUCUUGCUGCGCAGACCUGAGGAUGAAGCUCCCUAACACGCGCCCCACCUCCAUUCAGCUCCUCUCCGUCAGGUGACAGCCGUCGGAGAGCCGCAAAGUCACCAUUUUUCCACUCCACCGGGUGACAGCCGCCGGAGACGAUUCGACAACCCAUUUAAUUAAUCUCUAGACUUCGCAAGGAGAUCUAGAGAUUGCCCACAUCAUCUUUGUCCAAGGAGAGCCUUCGAGGCUGUGGACACUGCACGACAAUCCUCCCAAAUGCUCAAGAUUCUGGUGCAUCACCGACGCAUCACCGUCGUGACGCCAGAACUCUGUUUUCUUGCUUUCAACUUACUUUACGCUUCAUUUAGUGAUAAUUUUUUUGAUUUUAAUUUACCAAAAUAUACUUUGUUCAAUUACGAUUCUUCUGGCUUUUACAGAUCUUAAUUUAAUUCAUUAAAUCAUCUGUAAUCGCUUACGUAAGAAUCAUUGGGCGGAACUCUAUUUCCGCUCGAUUCGCGUUUGCCAGGCACUAAUGUCAUCUUGAUGUCUGCACCCUUAUUUCCCUUUUUCGUGACUUUUAAAUAUAUUUCCUUUUCAUUUCCUAGUAUAAAAUUCAUAGAAAAUCUUAUUCAUUAAGAAAAAUUCUGAAUAAUUACCAGAUAUUAUAUUACAUCCAUGUGAUCGACUUGGAAAAUUAUCGCUAUUUUUUGGAAGUUUUAUUGAAUUAUAAUUGAUAUAUUUUUUCAGAAAUACUUCUAAAUAUCCAAAAAAUUGUAUUUUCUAGUUUUAUAAAUUUAAAAUUUACAUGAUUUACUAUACAACGACUGAGUCACGUCAGUGGGCAAUCUCUAGAUCUCGUUGCAAAGUCUAGAGAUCAAUGAAAUGGGUCGUCGAAUCAUCUUCGCCGGCUGUCACCCAGCGGAGCGAAAAAAUGAUGACUUUGCGGUUCUUUGGCAGCUGUCACCCCACGAAGAGGAGCUAGAUGGAGGUGAGGCACAUGUUAGAGAACUUCAUGCUCAGGUCCUCGCAGCAAAAGGAGUGAUAAGUCUUCAUUAUCAUGAGUUAAUAAUUAGUAGAUAAUAUAGUUUUAGCCUUAAAUCAUGAUAAAUAGACUUAUAUUUGUGUUAAAGUGUGAAAAGUGGUUUUCAGUUGAUUAACGUGAAUUUUUGGGUAGUUAUGUGAUUUUAUACGAAUUUAUAUGAUUUUUAUAGUCUUACUUUUGAGAUAAAUGAAGAAAAAGAAAUAAAAAUAAAAAUAAAAUAAAAUGGGUGGAACCCGCCAGCCAGCUGAGCCCGCAAGCGGGUCGGAAGUGCAGUUAGGGAGUAGCCACGAGUAGGGGCUCAAGCGGCUUGGACCGAUAGGGGCACGUGUGUGCCACUCCCUUUCCACAUCAUCAGUGGUCAGCCGACUGUGGGGCAAGGAGUGGUCGUACAUGCGUAAAAAAAAGACUUGCUUGCAAAUCUAACAUUAGUAUAUAUUCGCCCGAAAUUUUGGCGCAAGUGAUGUGGGACUAAACCCAUGUCACAACUUCCUCAGAAAGGGACGGGCAACUGGGGCGGGUUCGAAUCCUCCUAGAGCCAAAACUCAUAUUUUCUUAUCUGAUUAUUGCGACUUUCCUGUAGAUCGCCAGCGAAGGAUUAAGCUGCCAAAAAUACUGGAUCAUUGGUGAAAAUAUUAUCAAUGUGAUUCGCAGAGCAUUGUUACUAAAAUUGCUGAAUAAUUUGCGAUAAAAGGAUCGCGAAUCCAUGGAGUAAAGCAUCUCCGAUUGAUUGAUGAACAAGCCGUCGUUGGGAAGAGAAUGAUCUGCCGGGAGAUGAGUCACCACCUCCUAGGAGCGUACCAGAUGCGAUGAAGAGCCUCAUCUUGUUGUGUAGACUUGAGGAUGAAGCUCCUUGACAUGUGCCCCACCUCCAUCCAACUCCUCUCUGUCGGGUGACAGCCGCCAAAGAGCCGCAAAGUUGUCGUUUUUCCGCUCCACCAGGUGACAGUCUUCGGAGACAAUUCAACGACUCAUUUCAUUGAUCUUUAGACUUUGCAAGGAGAUCUAGAGAUUGCCCAAUCAUCCUUGUCCAAGGAGAGCCUUCAAGGCCGUGGAGACUAUACGACGAUCCUCCCAAAUACUUAGGAUUCCAAUGCAUCGCCAACGCAUCGCCGUAGCGAUGCCGGAACUUUAUUUUCUUGCUUUCAACUUAAUUUUCACUUCAUUUAGUGAUAAUUUGUGUGAUUUAAAUUUACACCAAAAUAUAUUUCAUUCAAUUACGAUUUUUCCGGCUUUUACAGAUCUUAAUUUGAUCAAUUAAAUCGUCUAUAAUCGCUUACGUAAGAAUUGUCAGGCGGAACUCUAUUUCUACCCAAUUUGUGUUCACAAGGUGCUGACGUCAUCCUAACAUCCGCACCCUUAUUUUCCUUUAUCAUAAAUUUUAAAUAUAUUUCAUUUUUAUUUUCUAAUUUAAAAUUCAUAGAAAACAGUAUUCUUUGAGAAAAAUUCUGAAUAAUUACCUGAUAUUAUAUUACAUUCCUGUGAUCGACCUGGAAAAUUAUCGCUAUUUUUGGAAGUUUUAUUGAAUUAUAAUUGAUAUAUUUGUUCAGAGAUACUUCUAAAUAUCCAAAAAUUCGUAUUUUCUAAUUUCAAAAAUUUUAAAUUUGUGUGAUUUACUAUACAAUGACUAAGUCACAUCAAGUAGGCUCUUCAUCGCAUUCGAUACACUCUCAAGAGGUGGUGACUCGUCUCUUGACGGAUCAUCCUCUUCUCGAUGACAACUUGUUCAUCGAUCAAUCAGAGAUGCUUUACUCAAUGGAUUCGCGAUCGUUUUAUCAUGAAUCGUUCAAUAAUUUUAGUAACAAUACUCUGCAAAUCACGUUGACGAGAUUUUUGCCGAUGAUCCAGUAAUUCUGGUGGCUUAAUCCUUCACUGGCAAUCUGUAGGAAGUCACGAUAAUCAAAUAAAAAUUAUGAGUUUUGGCUCUAGGAGAAUUCAAACUCACACCAGUUGCCCGCCCUUUCUGAGGAAGGCGUGAUGCAAGUUUAGUUCCACAUCGCUUGUUGAUAAGUCUUCAUUAUCAUGAGUUAAUAAUUAGUAAAUAAUAUAGUUUUAGCCUUAACUCAUGAUAAAUAGACUUAUAUUUGUGUUAAAGCAUGAAAAGUGGUUUUCAGUUGAUUAACGUGAAUUUUUGGGUAAUUAUGUGAUUUUAUACGAUUUUUACAGUCUUAGUUUUGAGAUAAGGGAAGAACAAGAAAUAAAAAUAAAAAUAUUGCAAAAUGGGCGGACCCGCCGGCCAGCCGGGCCCGCAAGCGGGUCGGAAGCGCAGUCGGGGAGUAGCCGCGAGCAGGGGCUCGAGCGGCUUGCUCGGAGAUCGAUAGGGGCACGUGUGCGCCACUCUCCUUCCACGUCACCGGUGGCCAGCCGGCUGUGGGGCAAGGAGUGGUCGUACACGCGAGAGGACUUUGCCUAGAAAGCUAACUUUACUAUAUAUUCGCCCGAAUAAUCCGCGCACAACCGAUGUGGGACUAAACCCGCGUCACACCUUGCUCAGGGGCGGGCGACCGCCGCGGGUUCAAAUCCUCCCAGAGUCAAAAUUCAUAUAUUUUUAACUGAUUAUCGCGACUUUCCUGCAGAUCGCCGGUGAAGGAUUAAGCAACCGGAAUCGCUAGAUCAUCGGCGAAAAUCUCAUCAACGCGAUUCGCGGAGCAUUGCUACUAA